AUCAGCAAACCCAAAUUUCACUUCUUGAUCCACCUCCCAGCUUACAUCCGUCAGUUUGGGCCUGCAAUCGUAUUUUUAACAGAAAGAUAUGAGUCGUUUAAUCAUGUUUUCCGUUUGUCAUGCAUAUACAGCAAUCAUCAAGCGCUGAGCUGUGACAGCUGCAGAACCUUCACUCACCAAGACAUCGUCAAGCAUGUUGCCACCAGCAGAUAUUGGUACGACCAUAAAGUAGCAAAAUGGGUU